AUGUCACGCAGAAUUGACCAAUUUCCGGAGCCAGGCCCCUCCCAACGGCGCGUCAAGCUUGUUGUGGCAAGUGUUAGCCGAACUGGCACAUUAGGCCUAUACCAAGCACUCCAGAUUCUAGGCUACAAGGUGUAUCACAUGGGCGAAUUGGUGCUUGUCGGAGGGGUUCCGCACAUGGAAAUCCUCGACGAAGGCGUCCGGGCCCAAUUCAAUCGCUUCUCAGGAAUCUUGCGCUACGACAAGGCAGAAUUCGACAAAUGGUUCGCCGACUACGAUGUCCUGAUCGAAAUCCCAAGCUUCUUCGGCCUCGAGAUGCUCGAAGCAUAUCUUGCCGACCCCGAGGUGAAAUUCCUCCUUACGGAACGCUCCCCGGACAGCUGGGUGAAGUCGUUUAACAAUUUCGUCGGCGUCAAUGUCCAGGACUGCGAGUCGCCGCCCUUGAGUAUCCUCCGUUACUUCAACAAGACGCUCCGGUACUUCUACCGGGUCAACCGGGUCAUAUAUUCUACUUUCAGCGAGAAUACACGGAUUGGCGACCAGCGGAACGAAGAGUAUCUGCGACAGAAUUACGUCCGAUAUAUCGAACGGGUCAAGAAGAUUAUCCCGCCGGAACGACUGUAUGUGCUGCGUCUAGAGGACGGCCUUGGGUGGAAUGAGAUCUGCCCGUACUUGGGCAAGCCGAUUCCGGAUGUCAAAUAUCCUCAGGGCCAGGAACAUGCGGACCUGAAGGCAAGGCUCCUCGCGCCUUUGAUACGGGAUGCCGUGAUGAAAAUUGGGCUCUUGACGGCUCCGGCUGUGGGUGUUGGGGCUUGGUUUGCAUGGAAACGAUUUGGACGAUGA